AUGAAUUUUUCCGGCUCUGGCUCUAACUCUACUCCUGUGGUGGUGAGGGACGAUCUGAAGACUGCAAUAAUGAAAAAUGUCAUCACGGUGACUCUGUGUCUGUCCAUCAACUACAUUAAUGCUACUCUGGUUUAUAUCUUUAUGAAGCACGAGAUAUUCAAAAUGAAUCCUCGCUACAUCCUCUACAUCCACCUGGUGAUCAACGACAUCAUCCUGAUGACACUGCUGACGCUCAUUCAAGUCUUGAGCUACAUAGUUUACACUUUCCAUGUGUGGUUGUGCAUUCUUUUCCUUCUUUUAGGUUUACCUGCUAAUUUAAACAACCCUAUGACUCUUGCCGUCAUGGCCAUUGAGUGCUAUGUUGCUGUCUGCUUCCCUCUGCGACACUCACAGAUCAUUACAGUUAAGAAAACCUACAUUGUCAUUGGCUUCAUUUGGCUGAUAAGUGCACAGUCUGUUCUUCCAGAUGUGUUUGUCUCUUUAGCCACAGAACAUCUUGGCUUUUUUCAAUCUCGAGUGUUUUGUCAAAGAACAGAUCUUUUCAGAAGUCCUGGCAUAAAUAAGAAAGACACUAUCUUGAAUGCUGUAUUAAUGGCCAUUGUGUGGACGACUCUUAUCUACACAUAUUUCAAAAUACUUUUUACAGCAAAAUCAGCUUCAUCUGACGCCAAAAAGGCCAGAAACACAGUUCUGCUUCAUAGCUUCCAGCUAAGUCUCUCCAUGCUCACAUAUAUGUAUAGUCCACUUACAACAGGACUGACGUAUUUGUUUCCUCAGAGUUUGCUCGCUAUUCGCUUUGCUGUGACCAUAAUAGCCAAUGUGAUGCCACGGCUUGUCAGUCCACUUGUUUACGGGAUACGAGAUAAAACUUUCAGGAAAUAUUUGAAGAUUUAUUUGUUUUGUGGGGAAAGAAAUAAUGACAUUAAUAUUACUUGA